CGACCCCCCUCCCACUUCGCUUCAACUCAUCGUUCAUCCCAAUCUCAGAUGCGUGACGGUUGAUCAGCUCUCUCAUCGCUGCCUUUCAACAUGCCCCCUCCCGUCGGCCGAUACGGGCCUACUGGCCUAACGGCUUCCUAUACCCACCUACAGCAAGCCCAUCUCCAGCAACAGCAGCAAGCCCAACAUCACCCGGCCCAUGCCCAGUCGGCCAACUCAGCCCUCCCUCCUCCAUCUCUCGGUGGUCACCCCGGUUUUGCCGCCGGAAACCCGAACACAAAUAUCAAUCCGUUUACACUGUCCGGCACCGGUAUCGCAAAUGGUAUGUCCGUCGCAGGGUUCGCGAGUGCCGGGGAUGGAGGCGGCACCGGACUCGCCAGCCACGCCGCCCAGAUGGGCUUCGCACGAGGCGCGCAGAUGCAACAGCAGCAAUUACAUCAGACUCACGAUGGCCGACUGGCGCUCGAGGCCAAGGCCGGUGCGGUGAAGACGCGGAUACGUGAUGUAUGGAGCCACAAUCUGGCUCAGGAAAUGGCCAUCCUGCGACAGUUCGUCGAGAAGUAUCCCUACAUCAGCAUGGACACCGAGUUCCCCGGUAUCGUCGCACGUCCAAUGGGAGCGUUCACGAAUAAAGCAGAUUACCACUACCAAACUCUCCGGUGUAACGUCGAUCUCCUGAAAAUGAUCCAGCUCGGUAUUACCUUGUUUUCUGCCGAAGGCGAGGUACCCCCGCCCAACGCUACGGAUGCGAAUGGACAGCCUCUCGGAAACAGCCUCGUCCCUGCGCCGUGCACAUGGCAAUUCAACUUCCGGUUUUCGUUGGAGGAAGAUAUGUACGCACAAGAGUCGACGGCUAUGCUGGCUAAGGCGGGUAUCGAUUUCUCUAUGCAUGAGAAAAACGGAAUCGACCCAUUCGAGUUUGGUGCUCUUCUGAUCAGCUCGGGGCUCGUCCUUCUGGAAGAUGUCCAUUGGGUCUCUUUCCAUUCCGGCUAUGAUUUCGGAUACCUCAUGAAGAUUAUGCUCUGCAAACCUCUUCCCGAGAAUGAAGAGGAAUUCCACAAACUCCUCAAGAUCUUCUUCCCGUCGCUGUAUGAUAUCAAAUAUUUGAUGAAACAUGCAGGACGCAAUCAGGCUGUAAACGACUCUCCGUUAACGCCAGCCGCUGCUCAAAUCCUCACUAAUCUCGGACAGAAGUCGGGUCUGCAAGACAUUGCGGAUGAGCUCGGUGUCAAGCGCGUCGGCAUCGCUCAUCAGGCAGGGUCGGACUCUCUCGUGACGGGUGAGAUCUACUGGAAGAUGCGCCAACUCGUCUUCAACGGCAGCAUCGACGAGUCGAAAUACUCGGGUCAGAUUUGGGGCCUGAACGGUCAGAUGCCGGCUUUGCUGUACCACAUGCAGCCACAUCAGACUCCCAAUCUCAACGGCGCCACAAUUUACUCGGCUACCGGCACGCCAAGCACCCCCAAUGCCGGUCACCUGGGCAGCCAAACACCCCAUACGAUGACACCUGGUGCCACUGGCGGCGUCCUGGGGCAAUUCCAGCUUGCCAAGUCAUGAGGCUCGUCGGUUCGUCUGGCUGUCUUGGUAUUAUCUCCUUUCAAUAUUUGGUGUUAGAUCAGGUUCGGGGAGUUCGAGAUAUUGUCUACGUUUAGGUACAUUUUCCCUGACUCUUUGCUCUCUUGCUUGUAUAGGCUCCUACUCCUGACUGGUUGGAUCUGGCAACAGCACCCGGAUCCACGGUCACUUUUCUCCAUUGAACCUUAGCCGGCGGUUCUGAUUACUUUUUCACCUGUUUGUCAUGUUGCUUUCGGCAGAGAUGGCAAGGAAUCUAUAUGAUGUGAUGGAUGUACAUAGCAUGUGGCAUCGGUUGUGUUUCUUGGUGCAUUGUCUUGUUUGCUAGUGUUUUCUGUUGUUUUCGGUCCGUUUCAAGGAGUUCAUCGCCUGCAGUGCCUUCGUAUUGCCUUGGAGGUGGGUGUUUGCAAUAGGUGUAUGGUGUUCGUCUCCGGCUGGAAUGUGAUCUACGUCAAGCAUUAUUUCGUUAAGCGUCCGGGGUU